AUGGAUGCACUUCGAAUUUCCUGCAUUCUUUUCGCCCUUUUUGUCAUUAGUUUGAGUGGAAGUGGUGGAACUACUGCCGCUACUGAUGAAGAAAGGAAGUCCAAGCAGGUUUACAUAGUAUACCUGGGAGCCCUUCCUGAAGGAGAUUAUUCACCUUCAGCACGCCAUCUCAGUAUGCUUCAGGAAGUUGUUGACAGCAGUUACACGGGGAAAUCCUUAAUCAGAAGCUACAAUAGGAGUUUUAAUGGGUUUGCUGCAAAUCUCACAAACCAAGAGAGAGAAAAGUUGGCUGGUCGGGAUGCUGUGGCGUUGAUAUUUCCAAGCAAAACUCUCCAACUUCAAACAACUGCAUCAUGGGACUUUUUGAGAUUUCCACGAAACGUCGGUCGAAAUCUUGAUAUCGAGAGUGACAUAAUUAUAGGAGUUAUAGACUCUGGAAUAUGGCCAGAGUCAAAAAGUUUUAGCGAUCACGGUUUUGGACCUAUACCUAAGAAAUGGAAGGGGGUCUGCAAAGGAGGCAAAAAUUUCACCUGUAACAACAAAAUCGUGGGAGCACGGUACUAUGUCAGAGGAGAUGAUUCGGCAAGAGAUCUAGAUGGACAUGGAAGCCAUACUGCUUCAACAGCAGCUGGAAACGAAGUGGAAAAUGCGAGUUUUUAUGGAAUUGCACAAGGUAUCGCACGAGGAGGGGUUCCAUCUGCAAGAAUUUCUGCAUACAAAGUGUGUAGUGAUACGGGAUGCACAGAUGAAGAUAUAUUAGCUGGUUUUGAUGAUGCUAUAGCUGAUGGAGUUGACAUUAUUACGGUUUCACUUGGACUACAGUCUCCAGUUGGCUUGCAAUAUGACUCCAUAGCUAUCGGCUCUUUUCAUGGGAUCGGCAAAGGUGUACUCACAGUUCAGUCAGCAGGAAAUGAUGGUUCUUUAACAGGACGAGUCGUCAGUACUGCGCCAUGGUUAUUCACAGUUGCAGCAAGCACUACAAAUCGCAAGCUCGUCAGCAAAAUUGCCCUUGGAAAUGGAGCCGAGAUUUUUGGAAAUGCCAUUAACUCCUUCAAGUUGAAUAGCACGAAAAAUUACCCUCUUGUAUAUGGAAAGGAUGCUUCAAUACAGUGUGGCGAGGCUGAAGCUAAGCGUUGUUAUGGAGGCUGUCUAGACAGAAGGCUAGUUGAAGGAAAAAUUGUACUUUGUGAUGACACUUUUAGCAGCAGCAACCUCGCUGAAGUUAAAAGGGCUGGCAGCGUUGGAUCAAUUUUCCGUUCAGGUGAAAUCUAUGAUGUUUCUUUUGUUUUUCCUUCUGCUGCAUCAACUUUGAGCCCUCAACAGUUUGAUCUGGUCGAAAGCUACAUCAACUCCACAAAAGUACCUCAAGCAUACAUCUAUCCAAGCGAGAAUAUAACAGACUCAAGUGCUCCGGUAGUUGCAUCAUUCUCAUCUAGAGGGCCAAACACUAUUUUCCCGGAUAUUCUGAAGCCGGACAUAAGUGCACCAGGAGUUGAUAUUCUGGCUGCUUAUUCUCCUGCUGCAUCCCCAUCAGAAAUCUCUCAUCAGGAUGCAAGAUCUGUAGAAUACAACAUACUAUCUGGAACGUCCAUGGCAUGUCCUCACGUAGCAGGUGCAGCUGCUUAUGUGAAAUCAUUAAACCCUCACUGGUCUCCUUCAGCAAUCAAAUCUGCUCUUAUGACCACUGCUUGGCAGCUGAAUGCAACAAAUGCUAGUCAUGGAGAUGCGGAGUUUUCUUACGGAGCAGGACAUCUUGACCCAGUAAAAGCGGCAGAUCCCGGACUCGUGUACGAGAUAUUAAGAUCAGAUUACAUCAAAUUGCUCUGUGGCUUGAAACUUGAUCCAAAAGCAUUGGCACAAAUAUUUGCUGAUAAUACCUCAUGCACUAAUGUGGUUCCGACACAACCCAAGGAUCUUAAUUACCCAACAAUUACUGCAAAAGUCGAAAAUGGCGAGAGAUUUACAGCUACAUUUUCAAGAACGGUCACAAAUGUUGGUCUUCCCAAUUCAACAUACAGAGCCACAAUCACUACCAGGCCUUCUCAGGUGAAUAUUUCUGUGGAGCCUAACAUCCUAUCAUUCACGACGGUGAACGAGAAAAGAUCAUUUGUUGUGACGGUCACCGGUGGAAGAGCGACACCGCCGGUGAUAUCUGCUUCACUUGUGUGGUUUGAUGGUUUGCAUAGUGUCCGAAGUCCAAUCAUUAUAUACACAUAA